AAAUAAACGUCAAUGUCAAAUCGUUAAGUGGAGAAGGUUGUUUGCUUGCUAUUUUUUUUUGUUAUUUGGUUUUCCUUUCCUUGUGCUAAUUUCGCUUUGAAAAACAAAAUGAGUGCAAUAACAAUAAAAGUGUUGUGAAACAACUGUCAACAGUGAUAAUAGUUACAUGUUUGUGGUGUUUAGAUCGAAGAUAAUCAAGUUAUGUGCUAAGAUUUGUUUGUAAUUGGAUUAUAAAGUUUUCUCGGUGCAUUCACUCUUUAGGUCCAUACCGCAUGCUUUCGUCUCGGCCAGUGUUAGGGCGGGGUGCCAGCGAUGGCGGGCGGCGGGUGCGCGUGGUCGCGGCGCUUGGCGGCGCGCACGCGCACUCUGCGCGGCCUCGUCCGGGACACGCAGCGGGCGCUCGAUGACGUCACCGAUAUAUUGCAUUUCGAUCCUGAGGUAUUCGCAGCGGUGCAGGAGGUGGGCAACCAGUCGCUGCGCUCGACAGCGCUGGUGGUGCUGGGGACUACUCCCGCGGCCCGCGCCCGCUUGCUGCACUGCCUGCUCGGGCAUCAGCUGCUCCCGGACUCGGCGCCCAGGGGAUGCCGAUGGAUCCGAAUACAAUACGGCAGCAGUAACCAGCGGCAGGUGCACCUGACUCUCGGCAACUCGGAGUUCGAGCUGGUCGAGGAGUUGGAGUGCAACAAGAGGCCCUGGGACACGCUGCCGGUCGAGGACCUACUAAGACAAGACAAGACUGAUCUCACCACGAUAUUGGAAGUGGAAAUCAACAACCAGUUCCUGAAAGAUGGUCUCCGCAUCAUCAUACCUCCAGACCUGGACGUAGACCCAGGGGACUCCAGCUAUCAGAACCUCAAGAAACUGCAUUCAGACCUCUACUCUAAGAGAGACAGUAUAUUGAAGAAUUUCAACCCAGUCUACUUAUAUGCGAUCGACAGAAUUGGGAAAAAUAUUUUCAGUGAUAAUAUUUCUGGGACUAUCACCACUUCGAGAAGCGAAGAGGACUUUUGGAAUACUUUUAAUUUGUAUUCGAUGGCGCGAGUGGGGAGCGGUGGGGAUGGGAGUGAGAGUGGUGAGAACGGUGAGAGUGGGGACCAUGGGGAUGGGGAUGGUGAUAAACGUGAUGUGAAGCCUGUGUGGACUGAGAGCACGGAGCCCGCUGUGUUUUCUGGUGAGAAUUGCCUUGACCUCCAUCAAAUAAAAGAGGUGAACCCGAACUCGCAAGUGCUGUUCGUUCUCUUCUCCGACAGCGAAGACGUGAACAGAGCAGGAGUUAGCACGGAAGAGAAGAAGACGGAGAAACGGAUCAAUGUGGACGCUUUGAAGUGGAUUUUUAGACACAACCAUGAGCAGGCCCCAAAAAGCGCAGGAGAGGAGAAAAGACUGCAUGAAGAGCAAACCGCCUUCAUGACCGAUCUCAUGGACCAGUGGGAGAUGAUGACCACCCCCCCUCCGAAGCACCCCGUGAAGAGUCAGUGCGUCCUGCUGGAGGACAGUCCCGGGCGCGGCGGCGAGCGCGGCGUGUCGCGCGGCCUGCUGCCCGCCGUCGUGAAGUUCGCCAGCGACAGCCUGCACUCCUACUUGCUGGACUACUGCACCAGGCUCAGCGAGGUCCACGUGAAACUCCUGCAGCAGUUCAUCCUGGCGUCGUUCGACAUGGCGCGGGAGCUGCAGGUCGUGCCCAAGAAGAUACAGUACGUGGCCAGGCAGGAACAGCAGUUGUAUGAGACUAUAAACGAGAAGUUCUCUGAAGGUGACAAGAAGCGCGAGCUGCUGCAGAUCAUGCAGGAGGUGCUGGAGGAGAUGAGGGUCGAGAUCAACAACAUGGACUGGAGUGUCGACGACCUGCCCUGGCACCAGGACCCUCGGUUCGCGGUGUCCAACUCUGUGUUCUACUCGUCCGCGCGCAGCUCGCCCUCGCCGCCGCGCGACGUGGAGGAGGCUGUCUCCUACGACACCUACAACUUCGAUGACUACGAGAUCAUACGCUCCAGCGAGGAGAGCUACUCGGACUCGUUUAAGGUCAAGCCAGUGGAAGAAGAAUCCCCUCCGUUUAACAAGAUCCUGGUGGAGAACGAGGCGGAGAUGUUCUCUGUGUCGACGGCGGCGCGCUCGUGGGGCAGCCGCAGCAGCGCCACCACCACCACCACGGCCACCACUGCCACCACCGCCUGCACCAACAGCGUCAACAUCUCCGUCAAGCAGGCCGAGCUCGAUGUGCAGCAGACUGUUCUUUCAAAACUGAGCCAAAAAAUAAGUCUGAAGUUAGCUACGUUUGUGGAUUGCCUCAAGGAUAUUUAUUUUGGAACUUUACAAAGAUGCCUGGAGUCGCUGGAGUGGUCGUGCCGCGCGGAGCUGGGCGGGCGGCCGGCCAGCGAGGCCAUGCGCCAGCUGCUGUCCGUCGCGCGCCAGGUGGAGCUGGCGCCGCACGCCUGCUUCCCCCUGCUGCGGUCGCUGCUGGACUCGCUCCGGCGGCUGCUCUACAAACUGCGGCUGGUGGGCGGCGCGGAGCAGGCGGCGUGCUGCGUGCUGUCCCCGCAGUGGCGGCGCCGGGGCGCGGCCGCCGCGCUGCACGCGCUCGCGCCGCAGCGGCUGGCCAGGCUCAUCUCCGCGCAGAUAUUGGAAAGACUGAGCACAGCCCACGAGCGCUACCAAUCAGCCCUCGCCGCGCUGGAGAGUGCGCUGGCCAGCCGACUGCAUCACACUGAGGAUAUCAAGCUAGCUAUUAGGAAGAAAUACGCGCCGACAUUCGCCCGUUUAUGUCUCGAAAGUACGUCCAUGUGUGACCUACUCAUGUACGGAACUCCUGAAUUGGGAAGGGAAAUCGGUCGCGGUCAAUACGGAGUAGUGUACAGCGCCCGCAGCUGGGCGGGACGGUCGCCCGUCGCCGUGAAGUCAGUGCUACCGGCAGACGAGAGGCACUACCGAGAACUGGCCAUGGAGUUCUUCUAUACCAGAAGCAUCCCCGCGCACCCGCGCAUCGUCCGGCUGCUGGGCUCGGUGGUGCAGCGGCACAGCGGCGCGGGCCCGUGCGUGCUGCUGGUGUCGGAGCGCAAGGUGCGCGACCUGCACGCCGCCGUGCGCGCCGGCCUCGCCUGGCCCAGCAGGCUGCGCAUCGCCAGGGACAUCGUGGAAGGUAUCCGCUACCUGCACUCCCUGGGCCUGGUUCACCGCGACAUCAAGAUGAAGAACGUCCUCCUGGACUCCGCCGACCGCGCGGCGCUCUCGGACCUCGGCUUCUGCGCGGCCGAGGCCCUCAUGUCGGGCUCCGUGGUUGGGACCCCCGUACACAUGGCGCCAGAACUACUGGCCGGGGACUAUGAUGCCGCUGUCGAUGUAUACGCCUUCGGGAUACUGUUUUGGUACGUGUGUGCGGGGAACAUCAAACUACCUUCAGCAUUCGAGACGUUCCAGAAUAAAGAACAACUAUGGAGUAAGGUGAAAAGAGGUCUUCGCCCCGAGCGCCUGCCCCACUUCUCCGACGACUGCUGGGAGGUCAUGGAGUCCUGCUGGGCUUCAGAACCCUCGCAGCGGGCCCUACUGGGUCACGUGCAGGACAAGCUGCAGUACAUUCACGAGCACAGCCUGACGUACGCAGACCCGCGCCAGGAGCAGAGCGGCAGUCCCUACGAAUCUGAUGAUGAUAGUCUAGAUAUGACUGGUGUUGAGAGGCAGUGAGUGCAACUGGUCACAUGUGAAAGUAUAAAAGUUGCGUGAGGCGUUGAUGCUUAUUUAUCGGGAGAGCCCGACUAGUUUCAGCCCCAACCACAGUCCUUAAUCAUGAGCUGAGUAGUGUUUUGAUCUGUUACUUGUGUCAUCGCAACAUAUAAUGGAGAUGAUAAUCAUCACAAAUAUAAAUUAAUUAGUCAGCAAAUUUAAUAAAAAUGUCUUCUAACGACAUAUUUUAAGACAUUCCGCCACUUUUAAAGAAAUAUUAUUGUGGUUGUGGGAGUGGGUUGCGGCACGCGUCCAAAACUAUGACAAUGUUACUUUAAGUCGUGGUAAUAGACCAUCAACAUGAUAAUUAUACCAAAAAAGAUUUAAGAACUAAUGCAUCCUAAGAUACCAUAAUAGAUAUCGUUCGUGAAUCGUUUUGUUCGCGUUUGAAUUUACCAAGUAUUGUGAGGGCCCAGUAAGGGCAAUAAAGCACAUAUUGGGUGUUUCAAUACCAAGUUACUGUGCAAAGAAGGGCAUAAUGCCUGUCUUCUAAGCGAUAUCUAUGAAUAAAAUCCCUUGUUUCCUGUGGUUGGUUUGCUUUCGUAGUUCUGGGUGUAUUGCGACUGAUGGCGGAGAAAGGCAAUAUCUCUUGAUGGUAAAUUUCAUAUUACAAUAUUGAGAACUAUGUCUAAAAGGCUAAUUAUUGAAUUUCAUGCUUUUAUUAUGCCAGUGUUUAAAAAAUUUGCCUAUUUAUUACCAAUGCCAAAACACGGUAUCCUCUUAAUAUGUUUUAAUACACCCUGAAUUACUUUAUUACUAGACUAAAAACAACAGGUAUUGUAGACUUACAACAUGCCUUGCUCGAAAAGCCUUAAAAACCAGCAUUUCAGUAGCCAAAUGCUAAACUGAAUAUUUCAUAUCAAAAACUGGUCUCCAUGAGAUCACAAAUUGUCCUAGAAUCAGCUUUCUUCUAAAAAGCGUGGUUUUAUAACUGAACAACAUUAAAAGGAAUGUUUUAACAUGGCAACAUUUACUUGAAGAUGAUGGUGUUACCAUUCAAAUCAAAUGUCAUUUUUAUACAAUAAAAAUGUAUAAACUUAAUAUAGUUCGUUAAAAGAAAAUCAUAAAAUUGUUUAUGAAAUUAUAUGAAAAAUUAAAUUUAAAAAAAUAUGCGUGCUAUUAACUGUUUAAGUAAGGUUUUUAUGAAAAUUUGCGCUUAUUUUAGAUAAAAAACCCUAAGUUUGUGACUGGGUUAAAAAAUAAGAAAUGCCGAUCAAUUGCUAUAUCAACUACGUUAUUCAUUGAUCCCAACAUAGCUUGGAGAAUCUUGAUACUUGUUAAAAGUUUAAGAAGCGAAUUUUCACGAGGAUUGAGCUCAUAAAGCAAGGCUUUUGGCGAUAACAGCUGAUAGUAGGCAUAAAAAACUGGAUUCAUAAUACAAAAUUACUAUGGCAUAAUAAGUAAAGUAAUAUUACCAAGUUUGUAAAGCGAUCAACAGAUGGCGCUGUUAGAGGCAAUCUCGCGAAUACUUUUACAGACGAAGUCGCAAGCUUAUACUAUGUUUUAGAAGUUUACAAAUAAAAUCUAACUUUUGAUAUCAAUUGAAAUCAAGUCUAUUUAAAAUUAGCGUAGAGUAACAAAUCUGUCUGAUAGACAAACUAAUAAUGAACUAUAAGUCGUAGCAAUAAGGUUUAUAUUUGUCUGUGAUCAAGAAAUUGUUAUAUGUAUCUAUUAAGGACAAAACUUGUUAAAUUAUUGGUUGAUACAAUCUGCGAGCAAAUAUUAUUAUGUUUUGAACAUAAAUAAAAAAAAAUCCGUUCGUAAAAUGUAUUUUUUCCUGAAAAUUCGAUAGCUUGAUAAUAAUAACGCUUUGUACGAAACUGAGCCUUAUGUCAUAGGAAUAAGGUUUACUUUUCAAUCAUUUGUAAUUAAUAACGUGAGAUCCACAGUACAUGUAAUCAGUCAAGAAAGAAUUCCCAAAAAAAACUUAUUAUGAUUGAUGUUUUUGCUCUAUAUGUUAGGCUAAAGAAUCAAAUUUCUUAGAUCUGCCAAACGACCUACGUAUAUAAAGAAUAAGGUCUAUUAUCGAGUGGUAACAACUAUUGGUCAAAAUCUCUAAUAGGUGAUGCAAAAUAAACCGUGCGAGUUGUAUUAUAUUCAAUGAAUGGACUUAAAGAGUUUAUUAAAUUUAAAUAAUACAUGGUGCCACUAUAGGCAGUCUUUUAAGGGAUCUUUUACGGAGAACCUUUGGAUGGGUUUCAUAAAGAAGAAGUAAGAUUUGUGCAUAUAGUCUAUAUACAGUGCAUAGUAUAUUAGACUGCACGGAUAGCCGCGUGGUUCAGGACACCAAGCCCUCUGAGAGCAAUGUGUCUCGGGUUCGAUCCCCGCAUAAUACUUGUCGAUAGUUUUUAUAACUUGAUAAUGAGGCCUUCCUGUCUGUUCGUAGUGUUUCAUACAACUUUUAUAAAUAAAUAGAUCUUAUUUUUGUGAAUUGUCUCCAAUAUAAUGCUUUUUAAUAACUACUUGAACUAUAAUGAUAAACACAAAUCAUUGAAAUUUUAAUAGCAAUAUAACAAUUUAUUGCUUAAUGUAUAGUUAAAGACAACAGUUAUUAGAUAUCGUCUUUCAUGACAUUUAUUUUUCUAGUCUGUUUAAAACUUCUCUCGACGCAAAUCAGAAAAGAAUAUUUUUUUAUAGAAUUUGUCUUUGACUGUACCUUUAUAGCGGGUGUUGUAUUUGAGACAGUUUAUAUUACAAUACACGCUGUAUACCUAGUAUUAUAACACAACAGACGUUACAAUGUUAUUUUAAGAACAUUAUUGUACCCCAGAAAUAUACGCUUUUAUAGA